GUUUUCUUCGGCAAGUGACGGGAAAAGAGGAGGUGAUGGAGGCGAUGCAGGCGCAGGGACCAGGUGGCGGUGCCGAUGGUGGAGACGGCGGUAGCAUUAUGUUGCGCGUGCUUGAUACGGAUGCCGGAUUGUUAAUGAUGUUUGUACAAAGUUGGACUCCAACUGUUUCCUAUGCUUUGGAUGUCAGCGGUGGUGCAGGCGGCAAGGCCGGUCAUCAUGGGACACCAGGUAGAGGAGGACCAGGUGGCAAAGGUGGAAGUAGUUACUCAUGGUCAGAACAGAUUUAUGUUCGCAACUGGGAGGGAGAAGUUGUCCCUAAAUGGGUUAACCACCAUAAACCGGGCGGUUCUGAUGGUCCUUCUGGCAAUAGUGGAC